UCCCCGCCUCUGCUCGCCCUCCGGACCCCAGCUCGCACCUCUCCGCCUCACUGGCCCCCGGCCGCACUGGCCCCUCGCCCCCCGGCAUGUCUGUGGAUUUCAGCGGCACCUGGAACAUGGCUAGCAACGACAACUUCGAGGGCUACAUGCUGGCUCUAGGUAUUGACUUUGCAACUCGGAAGAUCGCAAAGAUGCUGAAGCCACAGAAAGUGAUCGAACAGAAUGGUGACUCUUUCACUAUCCACACUUACAGCAGUUUACGAAACUACCUUGUCCAGUUUAAAAUUGGAGAGGAAUUUGAUGAGGAUACUAAAGGUCUGGAUAACAGAAAAUGCAAGAGUGUAGUUACAUGGGACAAUGACAAACUUGUGUGUGUCCAGAAGGGUGAGAAGAAGAACAGAGGCUGGACUCACUGGAUUGAAGAGGACGUUCUUCAUCUGGAAAUGUGCUGCGAAGGUCAAGUGUGCAAACAGACGUUCCGCAGAGCCUGAGCGGCCCGGCCGGUGAGCCUGAAAGUGCCUGCCCCAGACAGAACGCUUUUUUUUACCAAGCGCACCAGCAGAUUUGACUGAAACCUAGGAACAAAGGUCUCUAAUCCAAGUGAAUGCUUUUUUCGAUUGUGAUUUAGUUAAAGAGCUUGUUAGUCUGGGUGCGAUCCCGCUGCCUCUGAAGACCAAAAUAUUUGUAAUAAAAAAUUAGUAUUGUACUGAUGAGUUUAAUAAACUUAUUAACAACCCAAAAA